AUGGCGAUAAAAUUUUCACGUUCUUAUAAAUAUAUAUAUUUAUCAAUCAUCACCUCUCAGUUGUGUUUAAGAAGCAAAUUUUCACACCAUAUUGUUAGCAGCAUCCUCUUCUUCUUACAUCAUUCCUCAUCAUGUCAGAACUCGCAAUAUUAUAGAAACUAUUCUUGUAUACUAUUUAAACAUACAAACGCACUUGAAAGAAAAAAAGACGAUGUAUGCGGCACAAGUGGAAGUCUCGUUGUAACUAUUCAUUCCCCUCAGCUAGAGGUUCAUUUUUUCCCCCUCUCUGAAUGUCAUCAAGCAGAUCUUAUUGUUGCAGAGGGUGAGGAAGGACAGUAA